CUGGUAAGGUUGUAAAAACCUCUCCCUAUUGGUCCUUCUAUUAGGUAUUCUCAGGGAUGACAGGGAUUUGGCACUGAGCCAGAUAUAUCCAAUGUUUUCUCUCAAUUAAUCUCCUGACUCCCAGAAACAUGCACUAGAUUAAGGGAUACAAAGUUUAUCCAAGGUUCCUUUCUUCAGUGUGGAUUAGAGAUUCUUGAUAGGUGAGGGCACACUUGCAAAGGAAGAGGGUUUCCUGACCUCUAAUGUGACCUUAUGCCAAUCCCAAAAGGGAGAAUGUAUUAUACAUUAAGACUGCACAAUGAUUGUGUCAAGCUCCAGGUUCUUCUCUCUUUUCAUUUGUGGGGCUGAAAAGACCCUCCCCUUCUGAAUGCUAUUCUUUUAAAUGGAGAAAUAGGCUUCUGCAACAGCAGUUCCUCUGUGGUAGGCGGGAGCAAAUUAUAUAGCAAUGCCAUUGAGUUUCCAAAACACUUCCCAUGGGCAGUCAAAGAGACAGGUAGCACAGCAGAGCAGAGCAUAAUGUCUGCCAGGUGGGAGAAAUAGGAGAUGGGCAGAGCAUCAGCUGGUGCUCCCUGACUCAAAGGAUGUUUAUUUUUCAUCCCAAAGAACGGAGAAGAUGGCCUUCAUUGUAGUUUUGGGGAUCAUCACGGCCGUGAUCUGUCCUGCUGCUCUCUGCUGCAGAGAUGGCACACUAGGAAGGCACCCUGAAGUCCAGAAGGACCAAGAUACUAAAAAACAAUUGGACAGUGGGACACUGGCCUCCAUCAACACUGACUUUGCCUUCAGUCUCUACAAAGAGUUGGCUUUGAAGAAUCCAAAUAAAAAUAUUGCCUUCUCCCCACUUAGCAUCUCAGCUGCCUUGGCCUCUUUGUCUCUGGGCGCAAAGGGCAACACCUUACAGGAGAUUCUAGAAGGUCUCAAGUUCAAUCUCACAGAGACCACUGAGAUAGACAUCCACCAGAACUAUAGGGACCUCCUACAAAGGCUUAGCCAGCCAGGGGGCCAGGGACAGAUAAGCAGAGCUAAUCUCCUGUUUGUUGAAAAGCACCUGCAGAUCCUGAAUGGUUUUAAGGAGAAGGCAAAGGCUCUGUACCAGACUGAGGUCUUCGCAACUGACUUCCAGCAGACUUGUGAGGCAAGAAAGUUCAUCAAUGACUAUGUGAUGAUACAGAGCCAGGGGAAAAUCAAGGAAAUGGUCACAGAACUAGAGGAAAGAACAUCGAUAGUGAUGUUGAAUUUCCUCCUCUUUACAGGCCAGUGGAGUGUGCCCUUUGACCCUGAUGACACAUUCAUGGGAAAAUUCAUAUUGGACAGCAGGAGGCCCGUGAAAGUGCUCAUGAUGAAAACUGAGGACUUGACCACACCCUACUUCUGGGAUGAGGAACUGAAAUGUACUGUGGUGGAGCUGAAUUACAAAGGCCAUGGCAAGGCCAUGUUCAUCCUCCCUGACCAGGGCAAGAUGGAGCAGGUGGAAGCCAGCUUACAUCCAGGGACCCUCAGGAAGUGGACGGACUCUCUGAAACCCAGGAUAAUAGAUGAGCUCCACCUACCCAAGUUUUCCCUGUCCAAAACCUACAAACUAGAAAACAUCCUUCCAGAGCUGGGCAUCAUGGACGUGUUCAACACACAGGCUGAUCUUUCAGGGAUCGCAGGAGCCAAGGACGUAAGAGUCUCUCAGAUGAUCCACAACACUGUGCUGGGCAUGGCUGAGACAGGCACAGAAGCAGAGGCCACUACGAGAGUCGAAUAUAACUUCAGGCCUGCAAAACUUAAUGAUACGUUUGUUAACUUUGUCAGGAAAUUCCUCUACAUGGUUUUAGAACCAAAUUCUGAGCUUAUCUCUUUUAUGCGCAAGGUAAUCAACCCUUUAGAAAACUAGAACUUCCCAAGAUGUGGGGCUUCUUUCCAAGUUAACAGAUUGAGUCUCUAUGUGCUUUUUGGCUUCCAUCCUCUGAUAGGCUGUGGCAUGUUUGCAAUUAAACAGUGACUUUGACUGUCUUCACUAGUCUCACAGCACAGGAGCUGGUGGAUGGUCUGUGUCAGGCUCCUAGUCCUCUUGGCCACACUAGGUCCUAUUCCUGAGCCUGAACUCUUCCUUUCUUCCUCUCCCCAUGAUUGCUCCCCUUUGUCUGCCUCUACCAAAAACCUGGGCCCAACAUUAGGUCCAUUGCCCAGAUAUAAUCUGCUCAUGUCUCUCUUCUGCUUCUGCAAUGUUGGUGGAAUAUGCAAGCUCACUGGUCAUUCCGUAUGCACAACAGGCCAAGGCACAAGUUGGGAACUUGCUUCCCUGAGUCAAUUUGCAGCAUCUGGAACCAUGUGCCCAGUUUCUGCCUCAUUCUUGCACUACUACACUCCUGUUCUACCCACUGAGCCUUGCAGGGCCUGCAGACCCUCUCCACACUACUGGAUCCCUCACUUCUCAGUGGCCUGAUGCUCACACGAGCUCCUUUCCUGCUAGCAUUCCUAAUCACAGCAGAGUAGUCAACUUUUCUUAAGUUCCCAGCCGACCAAACUCAGAGGACGGUUUGAAAGCAAAGGAAGGGUAGGAGUAAAGGAUCAAUAAAUGUCUACCUGCACAGAAUGUGUCCAGACAUUGUUCAUUCAUCUCCUGUUGGCAGG